GGGCGGGAGCCGCCGGGGCAGCCGCCUGGGCCCGCAGCAGGCGAGGGGCGUCUGCUACGCUCCUCGCGGCGUCCCCUACGCUCCCCAGGCAUGAGUCCCGCCAAGCCCGGCCGCCGGAAGCCCGAGAGCCCGAGGAGGAGCGGCCGCCCCCCGGCUGGUCCCCCCGGCCCUUCCCGCCCCAGCCUUCCCGAAGAGAGGGGACGAAGAGCCCCUCGUCCAACUCCCUCUCCCCGUCGGCGUCGGUACCGCCCAGGAAAACAGGUCCUUAAGGAAAUCCGGCGACUUCAGAAGAGCACGAAUCUUCUGCUUAGGAAAACUCCUUUUGCUCGACUGGUGCGGGAGGUGUGUCUCAGUUACACCCGAGGGGUGGAUUUCCGCUGGCAGUCUCAGGCUCUGUUGGCUCUGCAGGAGGCAGCAGAGGCCUUCCUGGUGCAUCUCUUUGAGGACUCCUACCUCUGCUCCCUCCAUGCCCGUCGCGUCACUCUCUUCCCCAGGGACAUCCAGCUGGCGCGGAGGAUCCGUGGCAUUCAGGAAGGCCUCGGAUGAGGCCCCGGCACUUUAUCGGAUCCCCCGGGCCUCCCCUUUCCUUUUUCUCUUCCCUGUUGAAGUUGCCCUUCAUCCUGGUUUUCCUCCCUCUCAUUUUCCCUCUCUGAACCUUUCCCAACUAUCCUUCCUAAGAAGGGGGCGGCGGUGCUCGUUGUCACGGGAGUCCACGGGUAGACAUUCUGUGACUUUUAUAUAGUGGUAAAAUUAUACUUUGGGUUUUAACAAUAUCUGUGACGAUGCUCGGAAUUUUAUGGACUUAAGUGGUAGCUAUCUCAUGUUGAAACUACCCAUUUGAGAGAGAAGUCGUCAUCGUUGACAAGAUUAUUUCCCCCGUUGGUACCGAUGGCUCAGAGCCCAUCAUUUUGUAGUGGGUUGGAAUGGCUUUUCCCUAGCCAAUGUAAAGUACACUUGCUCAAGCUGAAGCUCGUUUGUUACUUUUCUACCUAUUACUCGACUUUCUGAGAUCUGACAGUUAUAAGCAGGCAUUUCGCCGCCCACAAGAGCUUGGGGCCCUCCUUGGGCUUGGAGUUUUCACUGAGCAUUCUCUGCCUCAAGUUCCUUACACAAAUGUUCAGUUAUACCCAGGGAGGAGGACUUUGAACUGUUCUUCAGGAGCCAGAUCUGUACAUAGUAUGUUAAUAAAAGUGUUUCCUAUACAA